GUGCAGGUUGCUGACCCUUCUGCAUGGUGGCUCCCAGGAUUCAUGGUCCUUUCAUUUCUAGAUUCUCUACACGGUUCCCAAAAGGUUGUGGUUUUUCACAGGAGCUUUGCUUAGGUUCUUCCCUUUUAGCUUCUGGCCUGUCUCUAGCUGAAAGUCUUAUCACCUUGCAAAACGGGAAAGAUAUUUCAGGCCCACAUGACCAGCUAGAUGGCCUGUCGCUCUGCUUUCCAAUUGAGUCCUACCUCAUUCUGCACAGUGUUUGAAAAAAAACAUAGAAAAUAAAUAGUGUUCGUGUCAUUCGGGGAACUGGCUCUUUAAAGAAAAGUUGUAAAGUAAUGACACUGUGAAUUGAGUGGUCACUAUUUCACGUAGGCUCGUGCAGAUAUCUUUCUCCUAAAGAGUAUCACCCUUGAUGAAAUACUGGAAUAGUAUAGUCUUUUACAAAAUGUUUAAGGUUCCAGAGAAACUUGUCCACUACCUGUCUCUUGGUAUUGCUCAGUCAGUUCAUUUCCUUAGCUUUUAAGUAGCUUAGACCUGGAAGUGAAGGAGUUACCCAAAGUCACAGCAUUAACAGUUAGGAAAGAAAAUAUUCUAAAAAUUGUGAAUCCAUUAGGUGAAGACGGAUUUAGGAAGGCCUUAGCCAUGUUUUCAACACUGGAAGACUCGUUAUCAUUGUUAUCAGUGACUGUCAAAUGCACAGCUUUGUUACAGGAUCUUUUCCUUAAUUUGGAAGCUUCUACGGGACUAAACGAAGAGCAGAAAGAGUUCCAGAAAGUGGCGUUCAACUUUGCUGCCCGGGAGAUGGCGCCAAACAUGGCAGAGUGGGACCAGAAGGAGCUGUUCCCAGUGGAUGUGAUGCGGAAGGCAGCCCAGCUGGGCUUUGGGGGGAUUUACGUACGAACAGAUGUAGGAGGGUCUGGACUGUCACGACUCGACACCUCUGUCAUCUUUGAAGCCUUGGCCACAGGCUGCACCAGCACCACAGCCUACAUAAGCAUCCACAACAUGUGUGCCUGGAUGAUUGAUACCUUUGGAAGUGAGGAACAGAGGCACAGGUUUUGCCCUCCACUCUGUACCAUGGAGAAGUUUGCUUCCUACUGCCUCACUGAACCAGGCAGUGGGAGUGAUGCCGCCUCCCUCUUGACCUCCGCCAAGCGACGAGGAGAUCAUUACGUGCUCAGUGGCUCCAAGGCCUUCAUCAGUGGUGGAGGCGAAGCAGACAUCUAUGUGGUCAUGUGCCGAACAGGAGGACCAGGCCCCAAAGGCAUCUCGUGCAUAGUUGUUGAGAAGGGGACCCCUGGCCUCAGCUUCGGCAAGAAGGAGAGAAAGGUGGGGUGGAACUCACAGCCGACCCGAGCAGUGAUCUUUGAAGACUGUGCUGUCCCUGUGGCCAACAGGAUCGGGGACGAGGGCCAGGGCUUCCUCAUUGCCAUGAGAGGACUGAACGGGGGGAGGAUCAAUGUCGCGUCCUGCUCUCUGGGCGCUGCUUAUGCUUCGGUCAUCCUCACCCGAGACCACCUCAAGGUCCGGAAGCAGUUUGGAGAGCCCCUGGCCAGUAACCAGUACCUGCAGUUCAAACUGGCAGAUAUGGUGGCCAGGCUGGUGGCCUCACGGCUGAUGAUCCGCAACGCAGCCGUGGCUCUGCAGGAGGAACGUGAGGAUGCGGUGGCCCUGUGCUCCAUGGCCAAGCUCUUCGCUACAGACGAAUGCUUUGCGAUCUGCAACCAGGCCCUGCAGAUGCACGGGGGCUACGGCUACCUGAAGGACUGCGCGGUCCAGCAGUACAUGCGGGACUCCAGGGUCCAUCAGAUCCUCGAAGGCAGCAACGAAGUGAUGCGGAUACUGAUCUCAAGAAGCCUGCUGCAGGAGUAGCCCCUGGACUGAGGCUCCGAUGGGAGGAUCAGUGUCGAGUGGUUCCAUGUGGACGGCACUGUCACAGUGAGUCCAGGAUGCGCUGGAAGGGCUGUGCUUGUCCAGGGCACCAUCACAGCGUCAGCUGGAGGGCGGCACCUGGAGGACGGCAGGAGCUGCCCUGGCUGGAACGUUACAAGAAGACGUGCCGCCUUGUUUUCCUGACGCAGAGGGUGACCAGUGAACACUGACCACGAAACCACUGUCCUUUCCUGGAUCCACAGUCUGCAUUUUGCUGGUUCACCAGAUUCCUCUUCUGGGAAUCUGGGUACUUCUGUUGAGGGUUUUUCCUGACUGUAAAGCAAAGGUGUGGGAAAGGAGAAAUGGAGAGAAAGCGUCUUCCUGUCUUUUUCUGUUCUUUGUGCCUCGGCUGAAGAUGCAGAAGGUUUCUGUGGGCUGCUCUUCCUUUGCAGCAACUCCUCCUCUGAAUGUAAAUCAUGAUGAAAUGAGUGUUUGGAAAUCCUUCUCCUAAGCUGAGAUUUAGGGCGUAUCUGCACUUCUGGACUAUCUGAAUAUCAAGGGCUGAGAUUAUUUGGAACUGUGAAUACUUGUUGUUUUAGAAGCAUGUGGUCUGGGAAUGGUAUUCAAAGUUCCUGUGACAUUUCCUUAUAAGUGCUUUGAGUAUACUUUUUUUCUGAGUUUUUGCUUUUUUGCUCCUCUUUUUAAAUGUUUUUAAUCACUACAUUAAUAAAUCUACCCCUCUCUGUACCAUU